AGAAGCGGGUGGGCCCAAGUGGAAGCAGCUGACUCCCCCGCCCCCUCCUUUCCGCGUGAGCAUACUGCCGUGGGGAUCGGCUGAGCUCCCUCCCCUCUUUUCCUUUCUCCUCUUCGGCCCGAAGCCGCGGCUGCCGCCUCGGUCGCAGAGACAGCAGCAGCAGCAGCAGCAGCAGCGGCUACGGAGGAGGAGCCCAAGGGGAGCCGCCGCUCACUGCCCGAGCUUCUCGCUGCCCGCGGCGUCUCCUCCCUACUUCUCCUCGCCGGCCGCCCCUCGCGCCACGCCGCUCCGCUUAGGCGAACCCCAGCCGCGCUGUCCCCUGGGACACUUAACUAUCUGUAAUCAUGAGCAACCCUUUUAUGCACAUUGCUGAGCCCUUGGAUCCCAGGGAACCAGAAAAAAAGUUCUUCAAUAUGAAUAAGUUGGAGGAUUCAAGAUAUGGACGUUUACCAUUUUCUAUCAGAGUUCUCCUAGAGGCAGCCAUCCGGAACUGUGAUGACUUCUUAGUGAAGAAAAUGGAUGUUGAAAACAUUUUAAAUUGGAAUUUGACACAACAUAAGAAUAUCGAAGUACCAUUUAAGCCUGCCCGAGUUAUUCUGCAGGACUUUACGGGUGUGCCUGCUGUGGUUGAUUUUGCUGCAAUGCGUGAUGCUGUGAAAAAGUUAGGCGGAAACCCAGAGAAAAUAAACCCCAUCUGUCCUGCUGAUCUAGUAAUUGAUCAUUCCAUCCAGGUUGAUUUCAACAGAAGGCCAGAUAGUGUUCAGAAGAACCAAGACCUGGAAUUUGAAAGAAAUAGAGAAAGAUUUGAAUUUUUAAAGUGGGGCUCCCAGGCUUUUUACAACAUGAGGAUUAUUCCCCCUGGCUCAGGGAUUAUCCACCAGGUGAAUUUAGAGUACUUGGCGAGAGUGGUAUUUGAUGAGGAUGGGUACUACUAUCCAGACAGCCUGGUGGGCACUGAUUCACAUACCACAAUGAUCGAUGGUUUGGGUGUUCUGGGUUGGGGUGUGGGUGGAAUAGAAGCAGAAGCUGUCAUGCUGGGACAGCCAAUCAGCAUGGUCCUUCCUGAAGUGUUUGGUUACAAGCUUCAGGGAAAUCCUGAUCCUCUGGUAACUUCUACAGAUAUAGUGCUGACAAUCACCAAGCACCUUCGCCAGGUUGGUGUAGUGGGCAAAUUUGUUGAGUUCUUUGGACCAGGGGUAGCUCAGCUGUCCAUUGCUGACCGAGCCACUAUUGCCAACAUGUGUCCAGAGUAUGGUGCAACUGCUGCAUUUUUCCCGGUGGAUGAAGUUAGUAUCAAGUACCUCAUCCAAACAGGUCGUGAUGAAAAAAAAGUUUAUUAUAUUCAGAAGUAUCUUCAAAGCGUAGGAAUGUUCCGAGACUUCAAUGAUUCAUCUCAAGACCCAGAUUUUACCCAGAUUGUGGAGUUAGAUUUGAAAGCUGUGGUACCCUGCUGCAGUGGACCCAAAAGACCUCAAGAUAAAGUAGCAGUAUCUGACAUGAAAAGAGACUUUGAGAACUGCUUGGGAGCCAAGCAAGGAUUUAAAGGAUUCCAGGUGCCUCCUGAACAACACGCCAAUUACAGGAAUUUUAUAUAUGAUAAUACUGAAUUUACACUGACCCAUGGCUCUGUCGUUAUCGCUGCUAUCACCAGCUGCACCAACACUAGUAACCCUUCGGUGAUGUUAGGGGCAGGAUUAUUAGCAAAAAAAGCUGUUGAAGCUGGUCUCAAUGUGAAACCUUACAUUAAAACUAGUUUAUCCCCUGGAAGUGGGGUAGUCACCUAUUAUCUAAGGGAAAGUGGAGUUAUGCCUUAUCUGUCCAGGCUUGGGUUUGAUGUCGUGGGGUAUGGCUGCAUGACCUGCAUUGGUAACAGUGGGCCCCUGCCUGAGCCAGUGGUGGAUGCAAUUACACAGGGAGAUCUUGUUGCCGUGGGUGUCCUUUCUGGAAACAGGAAUUUUGAGGGGCGUGUGCAUCCCUAUACUCGUGCUAAUUAUCUAGCUUCUCCUCCAUUAGUAAUAGCAUAUGCAAUUGCUGGGACCAUCAGGAUUGACUUUGAGAAAGAGCCAUUGGGAAUAAAUGCAAUGGGACAGAAGGUUUUUCUGAAGGACAUAUGGCCAACCAGAGAUGAGAUUCAGUUUGUGGAACAUCAGUAUGUUAUCCCUGGGAUGUUUAAGGAAGUCUAUGAGAAAAUAGAGACAGUGAAUGAAAGCUGGAAUGCCUUAUAUGCUCCAUCAGAUAAACUAUAUUCCUGGAACCCCAAGUCAACAUACAUUAAAUCUCCACCCUUCUUUGAAAACCUGACUUUGAAACCCCCACCUCUUAAACCUAUAGUAAAUGCCUAUGUUUUAUUAAAUUUGGGAGAUUCAGUAACAACUGACCAUAUUUCUCCAGCUGGAAAUAUUGCAAGAAAUAGUCCUGCUGCUCGAUACCUAACCAACAGAGGUUUGUCUCCCAGAGAGUUCAACUCCUAUGGUUCCCGAAGAGGCAAUGAUGCUGUCAUGGCUCGAGGGACAUUUGCCAACAUUCGCUUGCUAAACAAAUUUUUGAAUAAACAAGCACCACAAACCCUACAUCUGCCUUCUGGUGAAAUUCUUGACGUGUUUGAUGCUGCUGAACGAUACCAGAGGACAGGUAUCCCUCUGAUAGUACUAGCUGGAAAAGAGUAUGGAUCUGGGAGUUCCCGAGACUGGGCAGCCAAGGGCCCUUUUCUGCUGGGAAUCAAAGCUGUCCUAGCUGAGAGUUAUGAACGAAUUCACCGUAGCAAUCUCAUAGGGAUGGGAGUCAUCCCUCUGGAAUAUAUCCCUGGGGAGAAUGCCAGCACAAUUGGACUCACAGGGCGGGAACGUUACAAUAUCCUCAUUCCAGAAAAACUCAGGCCACGAAUGAAUAUCCGGAUUCAGCUGGAUACAGGAAAGGCCUUCCAUGCCGUUGUGAGGCUUGACACAGAUGUGGAGCUCACUUAUUUCCAAAAUGGGGGAAUCCUCAACUACAUGGUCCGUAAGAUGGUCAAGUAGUCCUCUGCUACCAUCAAGACUCAUCUCCUAUGAUCAAGACAAAAACAUGCCAUAAUCAUUGGUCCUAGAUGCAUAUAAACCCUAACAUGAAUAUU